AUGUCCGACCGCAAGAAAAGAAAACUCUCGCCCGAUGCUAGCGCAGCAUAUACCGACAUUCAAUAUCUUCUCAAUCUUGCCGUUCUGGCCGAGUCCUGGUCCACGCACCGCCCGCGCGCCAAGAAGGGCGACAACUGGGCCCAGCGCGCAGACGACUUGGAUCACCAAGGUGUCACGCUAUGGAACGCGUCUGUCGUGCACAAGGACGUUUCGGACGACGCCUAUCGCUCAGUCUGCGCAGCCAUGAGGCUCGCCGCUUUCCGUCUCAUCGAGGCCGCAAUGGAACACAAGCCGGGUAUACAGAGUAUGCCUCAUGCCCCAUCCUUCCACACACAGACACGCGGCGCUCACGUCCUUCCGUUCCCACCAGCUCUCAUCCACGUUCUCCAACUCGCUAGCAAGGCCGGUGCCAGCUUGGCAGACGUAGGAGACGUCACCCUUGCCGCAGGCGUCCUUGGUUCGGCCGCAAAGUACGCCGAAGCACUGAGAGCCGCCGAAGACUCACAAGAUGGACAUGCGCAAGCGCGUGCGCGUGCGAUAGUCCUGUACUACAGCAGCCGCAUGGAAGCCGCGUAUCAAGAGGGUAAUAAUGGCGUUGCUGACUUUAUGUUGGAGAAGGUCUCAGAGAGCGAUCAGUAUCUGUCGCUUCUGACCCCAUCCGAUCGGAGGACACUAGCCGGAAAAUUGUUGGGGAUAGGCAAGAGCAUGUUGCGAUCAAGCCCACCGGCCGACGCUGCUGGGAACGGUGCACGGGAUUCCGUCAAAUGGAUCCAACGGGCCUUCGCGAUCAUCGAGCCACUCGAGGAUACGGCCGAUGCCGGCGAUGGACAAGUAAGGCGAUCGAUACUGAGAACGCUAGCGCGAGCCUACUUCCUGUCAUCCGGUCAAGAUCCAGAGAACCUGGCGAGAGCGGAAGCAUCGUUGCAAGAGCUCAUUGACUCCGUUGACGCCUCCAUGGAUCACACCUCUUCGGAGUACCAACAGCUUCGUUGGAUGAGGGUCGCUAUCCUGAAGCGACGUAAGGCGCCGCACGCCGCCCUUCUCGACGCAUUCCGCUCCAUCAUCGACCACAUGCAAUACUCGGAGAAUACCAUCACGGAUAUUCUACAGGAGCUCAGAAGCCUCCAGCACGACCAUGGUCUCGUCACCGCCAUCCACCUGCAUUGCCUGGAGCGUGCGUUCGAGGCCCAAAAUAGCUCGGGUCUGGUUUAUUUGGACCGCCUGCUGUUGUCAUUGAUCUACCACAGUUCGAAAGAUGACGACCACGCGCGGGCGAUGCGGGAUCUCGCGUCUGCGCAGAAGCUUCUGGACGCCAAGGAAUACGAGCUCCCAAAGAUACCGACAACGGCCUGUCUGACAUUACUCUGGCAAUUCGGUGAUCGGCACUACCACGCCAAACGCUGGUCGGACGCCGCCGACUGGUUUCUCGUCGGAACACAUCGCGUGUUUGGGUCCAUGGCGCACAUAUCGAACGCGAAGUGCCUCCGCAAGGCGGCGUUAUGUUAUGUCCAAUGCGGCGAACACGCCCACGCUUCUGCGAUCAUUCGCCGCUGUCCACCCACGGACGCGGCCACCCACUACGUCGCGUUGCUGAUUGCGGCCCAUCAAGCCGUUGCAGCGGUACGGGAGAUGGUCCACGCGUCUAACUUCAACAAGAAGAUGCUGCUCCUUGCCACCCGGCUAGCGAAUGAAUCGGGUAUGAAAACCCUGCUGCUCUCAGUGCUAGAAGCGCUCCUAGAUGCCUCGGUGCGGGAGGGCGUGGAGGCCGAGGCGGAAGCUAUCACACUCGUUCGCUGCAUCAUCAGACUCGUUCUCAGAAUGAUGUCAGAACCUGGGGCCGAUUUCGCGGUAUUCACUCCCAUGCUUCUACGACAUUUCUCCACCGCGCUGUCACUGGUCACGGCGCUCGAAACCAAACAGGCCAGCGCUGUCGGCACGAAAGACGUCUCGUGGUUGUGGCGAACCGCCUACAACACCGCCGUGCAAGGCUGUUCUGAAUGGGAGAACCGGGAGGACAGCAUCUCGGACCUCUUCGACGUCUCCAGACAGCUCCUGCAAAUUUACACGCGCUGUCCCGCAGUCGAUACCGACGCCGAGCUGCAGAUGUUCCUGAUUAACGCCUCCUUUGCGGGCGCCGCCGGAAGAGUGUUCGCAUCGCGCCGCCUGGCGUCGAACACCGCAGCCGAGGAUACUCACCGCAAAUUUUUACCGCAGGCUGACCGCUGGCGAUUAGUCGCGCAAGAAGUCGGGUCGAGCAGAAGCUGCAUAGGCCAGAUCAUCUCAGGGCCAAGCACCCUUGACGAAGAAGGCUCAGAGCGCGCUCAGUCGUUCCUCAGCAUUCUCUCUGUAUUCGGGGUGGAGAUCGCCUGCCGCCUGAAGACCUGGAACCGCGUUCCAGAUAUCAUAGAGGACACAAGUCGCGCCCAGAAGGUGGACAUAGGGACAUAUGAAGCGAUAACGGACAUCCUCUGGACCGAGAAGGAUUGCCCCAUAGACGUGCUCUCCACCGCGCUCGAGGCCAUCCUCCACGCCAGCCUCGACCGUGCGAUCCUGUCAGUGGAGAAGUUCUCAAGGUGGCUGAGAGCCAUAUGCACGAUCCUGCUCGCGCGCAGCGCCCCCGCCGAUCGGACCAAGGCAAUUGGAUACGUCGAGCAGGCUGUCGGCGUGCUCCAGGACCACGCCUCUGAGAGCGACCCCCAGGGCUACCCCAUGGACGAGCGGCACUGGCUCUUGGCGACUGCGUACAACACCGGGAUCGAGUGCUUGCAUUCCUCGCUGCUCGACGAGGCGAAGCGGUGGUUCGAGUUGGCCACUACUGUUUGCCGAUUUGUGCCGGGCGGGGAGUCGCGCUCUGAAAAGAUUUCGGCAACAUACGCACAACUGCUCGACCGCUAUGCUCGAUGA